CCAGAUGUUCUCGUGGAGGUGAUAUCCGCGUUCCUUCCAACGCGAUCAUUAUUUUGUAAUAUUAUUCUUGUAAUUCUUACCACAUCGCUACCCCAAUUCGUUUCGUGUGUGUAUAGUUUGUUUAUUUUUGUAGUGCCGUAAUCUAUAAUGGUUCUGAAUGGCGAAGUUUUCUAGUGUGUUUGUGUUUUUUUCGUGCCUCAUCAGUUUCUGUGCUGAUAAUUGUGUUGCUUCUAAACUUGGAGGAUACCCAAGUUCAUCGCCUCAUUUUUCGCGGGAGUAUUAUAUCAAACCACGUGUUCUUCAUGCCCGGGAAAAAAGGCACAUUCACACUUCCAAAGUCCAUCAGGACCGAAAUGAACAUAUCAACGAUAUCUCGGUGGAGUAUCAGUUUUGGGACCGGAAUCAUAUCCUGGACCUUCAGCUCAACAAGGAGCUGAUUCCGGAGAACUAUUUCGAAAGGCACCAGCGGAACGGGUCCAUCGUUGUGACGCGACCCGGGCCCGGAGAGGUAGAGCUUUGCCAUUACCAUGGAGUCGUCCGAGACAUACCCGAAUCCUGGGUCGCCCUCUCGACGUGCGACGGACUUCGAGGUGUCAUUUUCGAUGGGAAAAAUAUGUUAUUUGUUGAAAAAGACAAGAACACAACAAGUCUCUCUGACAAACAUAUCGUCUUUGCUCACUCUGAUCUCAUAUCUAAUCACACUUGCGGAUAUGCAGAUAACCCUUACAGUCAUAUCAUUCAAGCAAACAAGCUCAACAAUAAAAUCAGGUCGAAACGUGAUACAGGCAGAUCAAUACGGGGACCUUACAACAUCGACUCCAACUCUCGCUUCAUUGAGCUUGUUUUGGUGGUUGACAACAAAGAAUACAUCACUUUAGACAAAAGUAUUGCGAAAACCAAUCAACAUUGCAAAGAUAUCGCUAACAUAAUCAAUUCAUUGUUCAUGCCUUUAAACAUAUUUGUUGCCUUAACGGGAGUGGUUAUCUGGACAGAAAACGAUGAAAUCACACUUUCCACAAAAGGAGAUACAACUCUUCAAAACUUUCUUAUCUACCGCCGCGAACAUCUGACCAAGGAGCAUCCAAACGAUAAUGCUCAAUUGCUCACGAAAAUACAGUUUGAAGGCGGUGUUGUUGGUAAAGCCCUCAAAGGACCUAUCUGCACUUACGAAUUCAGCGGAGGCGUGAACAUGGAUCAUAGCAACGUAGUCGGACUGGUCGCCAACACGGUUGCGCAUGAAAUGGGUCACAAUUUAGGCAUGGAACACGACACAGACGACUGUGAAUGUCCGAGUGAUCGGUGUAUCAUGUCACCGUCAUCCAGUUCCAUGACCCCAACUGAUUGGAGUUCCUGCAGCAAAGACUAUCUUGCCGUUGCUUUUGGACAUGGAAUGGAUUAUUGCUUGCGGAACAAACCUGAAAAACUAUUUGACGGUGCAGUUUGUGGCAACGGGUUUGUUGAGCCGGGUGAAGAAUGUGACUGUGGUUUGAAAGAGCGGUGUGACAAUCCAUGCUGUGAUUACGCCACGUGUAAAUUGCACAGCAAUGCAACUUGUGCCACUGGCUUAUGUUGCAAUUUGAAGACUUGCCAAGUCCACAGUGCUGGGAAAAUGUGCCGUGAAUCAAAUCAUGAGUGUGACCUUCCCGAAUUUUGCGAUGGACAAUCAGAAUACUGCCCCGACAAUGUGUUCAAAAUGAAUGGCCUUAAUUGCGACAGAGGAGAGGCGUACUGUUUUGACGGCACUUGCCGCACUCGCUCUGAUCAGUGUCGCUCACUAUGGGGUCCAUCUGGCAACCAGUCUGAUCCAAAAUGCUUUGAUAUGAACAUGCGAGGAACAAAACAUGGAAACUGUGGUUAUAAUCUCCAAAAUAAAACUUUCGUUGCUUGUAGCCAAGAGAAUAUCGAGUGUGGAAUGCUGCACUGUCAGCAUCUGAACGAGAGGCUUGAAUUCGGAAUGGAAUCUGUUGCCAUCCUAUCUCAUUCGUACUUCAAUAAUGAGGGAAUUAUCAUCCCUUGUCGCUCAGCGAUUGUGGACUUGGGUUUAACGGAGGUUGAUCCAGGAUUAGCGCCAAAUGGAGCCAAGUGUGGCAGUGGCAAAACAGAAAAGAUGUGUGUCCAUCAAAGAUGUGUUCCUGUAGCAGAUGUACUGGCCGCAACUCCGGAUAUUUGCCGUGAAGGCUGUAACGGCCAAGGUGUUUGCAAUAACAAAGGUCAUUGCCAUUGCAACGACGGCUUUGCCCCUCCAUUCUGCGACUAUCCUGGUCUCGGUGGUAGUGUUGAUAGUGGACCAGCCUCAGAUCCCAAUGCAUGGCAUGCUCUCCGGACAUUCAUCUACUUUGUUUUCUUCCUUCUGCUCCCAUUGGCAUCAGUUGUCAUGCUCUUCAUGUAUUACGUCCGUAAUCGGCAAUGCUGGGCCAAAAAACCUCACAUCGUCUCAUCCGCCAACUCUGUGGAGAAAAAGCCGCGCUUGUCACCAGAUAGGAGUCGCGCAAACCAUGAACCCAACUUUGGUCAGUCACUGCUCAACCAAAAUAACCUCCAGUCAGCCUCAAACAAUCCGAUCGUGGCUUCGCUACAAAAUAAUCUCAUCGGUCAUUUGAAAGGGUUCAAAAUCACACCAUUGCAAGUAAAAAAGUGUGAGUCAUCUGUCACGCUCGUCCCGACACGCCCGGCACCCCAGCCUUACAAAACUUCCAUCUCUGGUGUUAGUUCAGAGGUCGUAAACUCUUACAAGCCGCCCACAAACCCAAUCCGAGCUGCACCUAAAGUACCCAUGCCCAUAACAUCAGUGCCGCUGAAGAGUGAGCCUCCAGCACUUCCACCUGCAAAUGCGACACAAAAUGAAGCAAAGCCGCUCAUCAGCUCUCCAGUUCUAGAUUCCACAACAGCAUGUAAUGUUAAAGAACUUGUCUCUUCGGCCCCAACUCGGCCAGCUCCUAGCCUUCCUCCAGCCAACCUCUCGGGCGAAGAUUUCAAUCGAUCGAAAUCCCAAAAUUCCACCCUGACGCGCAUUGCAUCAUUCAUUUCGCGCAGUCAAAAGCCUGAUGUUCCGGCAAAACCGAAGCUGGACCGCGACACGUUGCGCAGCAUCAAAAUCUCCGACCCCAUCCCGCAAACAAACAUCGAGUUGCCGAUGAAGUCGCUUACAAUAGUUGCGGACAAGCCGAACAUUCAUCGUGCGCAUAGCUUCCGUCAAAACACAGAUGCCAAGAAGCGACCUCAGAUCCAAUCCUUCGGAUCAAUGCGAGUGCCCAAUAAUAGGCGGCCGCAGAGUAUUCCAGCCUGCACGCGACCCACGUCUCCACCACCGCGACCUCCGCCACCAAUCCAGGGAGUGCCUGGCUAUCAGGAACCGUCAAAACCUCAAAACACGUACGAUGAUUGCUUGAAUCUAAUGAACAGUGAAGUUGCCUCAGUCUCUAACCCGGCUGACAAUAUUUAUGCAGUAAUUGAAGAGUCACCGACCGACCGGCGGGAACGCAAAGAAAUUAUUUUACCAACCAAAAAGAAUUUCAGUGGUGAUGGUUCAACAGAAAGCUCAGCAACUGAGUCUAUGGGGCUCUUAGAUGAAAUCGUCUCGGAAAUGGAAGCUCGCAAUACUGAAUCAAUCUAUUCCACUGGAACAUGGAAGAAGUAUCGUGAUGUCGAUAGCAUAUCAUCUGUGACAAAUUUCUCUAGUGUCUCAAAUGAUGUGGAUCAGCUGUACGCAAAUAUACCUCCUAAAAGUGAAGAAAUUUACUCUAAUUUACCAAAAUCCUCCAACAGCUCCACAACUAGCUCAGGAUACCUGAGUCCUAUUACCGCCAAAAAUAAAUUCGGUCUAAAACGACCGCCAGAUGACGAGGCGAAGCAAAUUAAAAUGCCAACAAUCACUGCACCCAGUUAUAAGCCAUUAAGCCAGCUGCACAGAGAUAAUGCUCUGUCAGCCGCGUUGGGUGCUGAUUUCUCGGCUGUGCACAAUAGUACAAAGUUUCCUGUCGAUGCAAGUAAAAACUCGUCGAAAGCUACACCUAGUGUGACCCUGACGCUCAAAGAGGCAGGGGCUAAACCAGUGCUUCCAAGUAACUUUACAGUAGUUAAUAGUCUCUCUAAAAUUAAUUCUAAUUCUAGUCACCCACUUAGUGAUAAGCCAGCGCAGCGGGCCAAACUAAAGCUGGAAAGAAACUCCAGCGAUAGUUCAGGGAGCUACGCAAAGCCAGACUUAGUUUCAAGUUGUGAUAUUCAAAGCACGGAUAAACCUCCGGAUGUUUUGAACAGUAAGCCAGCUUCAGGGCUUGCAACUAAGAAAAUAGUCGGCAAGCAACCUCUACCUGCACCGAAGCCCACAAAUUUACCUCCUAGGAAGAAUAUUGUUAGUAAUUCAUUUAAAAAUUCAAAAAACUUAGGUAAAAAACCCACAGAUUCUAAAGUCAAUUCUAGGGUGGAUAGUGUUUCACAUGUUGCUAGUUUGCAGAAAAAAUUUGAGUCAAAUGUACCUUAGCUGUGAAUAUCAUUAAUGGUGGUUUUUAGACUGUCUCCUGAUAAGGGUUCAUCUCUUUAUGCAAGUGUUCAUAUGGCGUCGAUGUAUUCAUUACAUCUUAGAGAGUAUUUUUUCAAAUUAUUAUUUUGUCAUUAUCAAUUUAAUUUCAUAAACGUGUCAGUCUUUAACAUUGAGCAAUUUUUUUUUAUUUUUUUUUCUUAGUUUUUCAAGAUUCAAAUUUUAUGAUUUAAUCUACUAUUACUAAAGAAUUUUGAUUAUUUUUAAUUUGAUCUUUGACAUCCCUAAAAUAAAGGAUACCUCAUGUUGAUAUAUUGAACAAAAAACAAAUCUAAAUUUCCAAUCUUCGUUCCAAAUUGCCCUGAAUGUUUACAUUUUUCAAGUGGGGAACUAGUACAAUUUCUUCUGAAUUUUCAUGAUUUCUCUUCUCUCUGAGUGGAAAACUUUGAGAAAUUUAAAAGCAAUGACAUCGGUUAAUUUACUUUUGACGAAAUAAAAUAGAAGUUGGAUUUUUAAAAUACAGCAAGUGACUUCCUAUUUUUUUGGUAUAAUCAUCACAAAAUUAUAAUUCAUGUAGGUCGAAGGGUGGUGACUUUCAGAUUUAUUUUUGAGUCACAAAAUUUAAGAAGUCAAUAGCGAUAACUUUUCAAUUUUCAUAGACUAUCAUGUCGAUGACUUUAGUGCAAAUCCAUGUAACUCCAUUGCGGUGUCUCAAAAGUUUCCCUGCUAUCUUAUUUUUUCAAAGAAAAACAAGCUAACUUUAUAGUUUAGAAUUCAUAUAAAAUAGUAUGCCAAUGGAGGAGAAAAAACAAGGAAGUUUCUAAGAAAUUAUGUCGUCUAGUUUACCAAAGAAAUAAUAAGGUCUGACAGGAAGUCUGCAGCAAUGCAAACAAAGAUAAGUGGUUUUGCACUUCAGCCAUCGAUGUUUCGUAUAGUUUCAAGAAUGCUCUCUUUGAAAUUGCUCUUGAGGCCUUGAAAUCGCUACUUUACUUGGUAGGCUCUGGAUAAGUGCUCCUCUCAGAUCAAUUCUCGUUGAUUCUUAACUGUAUUUAAUGCAUCUGAAAUCAUUCAGACCACAUGGUGUUCAAGUCAUUUUUUAAUGCUAUCACACAGUAAAAGGCAUUGUGUAAGAUAGUCUGAGAUUGCUUUCAGUGGGUGGAAUACUGCUGAGUAAUUUGCUAAUGGAGCACAUAAUGGCAUAUUACUCGGACUACUUGCAAUUCAGAACCACAAUUUCUGGCUCAGUUUAGAAACAAUGUAUGUACCAUCAGUUUCUCCAUGUGCAUAAGUGUUUUAUGGAUUAGCUAGAAAUUGUAGCUCCUAAUUGCGAAGUGAAGUUCACCUAGCCUACCGUGCCAAGGAAGAACGCCAUAUCAACUUCAGGCAGUGCCAAAUUUCCAUUGAUAAAAUACGACUUUAAAAAGAACGGAAUACGGAAGUUGAAAAUAUUUUCAGACAAGUUUGUUUGCAUUUUAGUCCAAAAUGUCUGAUAAUGUAAAGGAAAAAUAUGCAUAAAUUUCCUCCAAAAUACGUUAUGCACCAGAGGAAAUUUGGUAAAAUUUGAAUGUUCAUCCAGCUUUCUUCCUCGGCAAGGUAGAGUUGGACCACGUUAUGCAAUUACAAACUAAAAUUUCCGACUCAGUUUUAAACAUCGUAUUUACAAUUAGUUUCCCUGUAGACUUAUGUGUUUUUAUGGGUGCGCUAGAAAUUUUAGUUCCUAAUGGCAAAUUGUGGUCUAAUUAUCUCUGCCUAUUUUACUCAUGUAUGAAAUGGCGAGAAGUGCUCAUAAAAGUUUUCGAAUCUUUUCCAUUCUUUCCCUCUUUUGAAGAGAGCUUACACCCAUUUCCUUCCGUCUUCUUCCCCUUUCACCUACUCCUCUCUCUCUUUCCCUUUUCUUCACCACAGUUAUUAAGAUAAUGAAUUUCCUGCUAUUUCCUAUCGUCAUUGUGCCUUUUGAGGGAAGGACAAUACAAUCUUUUUCGGCUGAGUGCUAACUUGAUUCUCGCUCAAAGUGUGCUCUAGAAGUAUCCUCUUCAGCGUAACCUGCCUUCAGAUACUGCACUCAGUAUUUCACUUUAAUCAAAUGUUUGCUCCUCUUCAAAGACUUUAGGUAUUAUCUCUCUUUUAAGUAGACUUUGAACUUUACAAUGAACCAAGAAAUGUAUGGAUCAAUCAAAUGCUCAACGAAGGAAAGUUCGGUGUUCUUCCUUUUGGUUUUUUCCCUAGCUCUAUUUUUUCAUUUUAUUUCGUUGAUAAACACUUCUCAAAAUGUAAAUUUUUCCUUGCAAUCAAGAAGAUAAGCUAAUCAAAUGUUAUUUUGAAGCUUCGAGCUUAGCUUUUGCAUGCUGUUGAGAAGUAAUCAUGCAUCGUGGAUGAGUUUGUUUAAAUUUUGCUGACUGUAAAGAAAGGAAAAUGGAAAGAAUAAGAAAUGACUGUUCUUAUCAUUGAUCUAAUUUCUCUUAGUUCUUCAAAAUUUAAUUAUCUGUUUCAAAAGUGCUUGCCAUGUUUUAUUCAGAUCAUUGAAAAAAAAAGAAGAAAAAUCAAUCUCUGUCAAUCUUCCAAGUAGGACAAAGAAAAAUUAGUUUGCUCUAUUUUUUUAAUAUUUGCUCCCGAUGCUCAGGGAACUGAGUAAACUAUCACAGUCAAUUUUAAAAAGGAGCAAUUGUACUUACCAUUGGAUAGAAAAUUAAUCCUGACAAAGAGGCUUAUUAUAUUCUAGAAUGUAAUCUUUUCAUUUUUCUGUAAAUUUUCAAUUUCCAUUGCUUAUUGUGUCACAAUUAGAUAUAGAACACUUGAAAUUGUUCCUCGAACAUCGACGCUCUUUGAAUACCCAUAUAAUUAUUUCUGUUUACCUCAUGUAGAGAUUACUAUUUCUAGUUUGUGCUUGCUUUCUGUUAAAGAAAUUCAUCGAUCGAAGCUCAUAUAUUUAGGAAUAUUAUUUUGACGGCGGAUUUCUUUCACAGCAACCUUGGAUGUAAUUGCUAGAGUGUAUAUAAUUUUCAGUGUGCACGCAUUAUGAAAUGUAUUAUACCUGUAUAUUUUACAUGUGAAUCUAUGUUUAUUUUUCUAUACUGAUCCUGUAAAUUUCUUGUUGUAUCCUGUAGAUACGGUUGUAAAUUUUAAAGCAAAGCAAGGCUCUUGAACGAGUCCUAUAUUUUUAUGUGGUCUGCGCUUUUUAUCUAGUCGUUGAAUUUCAAUUUUUGGAUCAUAACUUUUACAUGAGAGGAUAAGAAUCUCAUUUCACAUCAUUUUUAGUGCUGUGGUCGUGAAUGUAUCAAAAUCAGAAAUUGAAUUGAAAAAUGGAAGCAGAGUUAUUUCUGGAAUUUAUACUUUACCUACCGUGCUCAUCAUCAAAAUUUUUGAAAUGGUCAUUAUCUAUCAGAAAGGGCACGAACCUUAUUCUUUGUUAAUUCUUUAUUGAAAUAGAAUUACUCCUUUUUUGAGUGGCUUUGACUGAUAAAGUUCAAUCUUGCAAUGAUGUUCAUCAAUUAAGGUUACCCAAUAGGCAAUUGACCAGGUUCAGUGACUGCAUUGGUGCUGAUAGGAAACUUUCAGGUGAAUUCCGUCAUUUUUCAAUCUGUAUCUUUGUCGCACAAUUUUUCAUCUCUCGCAUGAAGGAAUUUGUCUUGUCUGCGCUGUUUCAGUAUUUCUGCAAAUUAUUAAUUUUCUCAUGGGAGAACCGUCUCACAAAUUUGUCUGAGAAUGUUAAGGUCUUUUUUUAAAAGUAUGAACAAAAAUCUCUGGAAAUUUUAGGCAAAUCCAUUUGAUGACACAUUUUAAAAAAUUACAAAAACAAGUUAGACUUACUGAUACAGCGCAAUUGAGAUUUAUUCCUUUGUGCAGGAGAGGAUGAAUUAUUGGAGGUUUUUGAGUUUAAAUUGGACUAGAGCAAAAUGUUGAUCUGUAGAAAGUGAACAAGUGUCUUUAAACAGUAUUAGAUAGCAAAUUUUUCAAUUCAAAUAACAAGGACUACAAGGAGGAAAGCACAGUAAGUAAAACUCUGAUAGCAGUUUCAAUCAAUAAAAUCGACAUCUUGAUUUGAUUUCUUCAAAAUAGUCUACUUAAAAAAAAUCAAAAGCAAAAAAGUCUCAAGCAAAAUUGUAAAUUGAAUAUAUUUUAUUACAUGUAAAAAAAUCGUUCAUUUCUCCUGAGCCCUUGUUAGGACUGUUCCUAGGGUCUUCCAAGUUAUUUUCUUGAUGCAAGGUCAAUCAUUUGAGGAUGAUGAUUUUUUAUCAUGUGCUCAAAGUUUGUUGUCUCCUGCAUGAAAGAACGUAUCUCAGUUGCGUUGUUUCAGCAUGUCUUACUAACAUUCUAUUUUUCACAGGAGAAGCGUCACAUAAAUUUGCCUAAAAUUUUUUGUGACUUUUGUUUGCACUUAUGAAAAAAACAGGACAGAGCGCAAACUAAAUAUGUUUCUAUGCGCGGAAGACAACCGGUUGUUUGAUUUUUAGCAGAUUCACGAUGAAUCCUUUUAUACUUUAUCUAAAUCCUUUUAAGUUUGAUUAAUAUUUUAUUUAACCACGGCUCUGAACAAUUUUUAUUGUAGUCACAAUGGUGCAGUUAUUACAGUCAAAGGCAGAAAAGGGGUAAUUUUUGUUUUUAACGCAGCAAUGAAGUUAUAUAAUAUGUACGUUUUAAAUUAUGAUUUAAUGUUUGACAAAGAAAUGACUGUGAAAGAUGAGGUUCAGCUCUCAGAAAAAUUCCACUUCAAGCUAUUAUCUAAAAGAAAAGAAUGCAAAAUUUCAUGUUUUCUAUGGUUCUGUUAAAAUAUCUUGCCUUUUUUAGAUGACUCAUUAAGACUUUUAUUUGAUUUUUUUUUACCUGAAUAUUUUUAUUGCUUUAUUUUCUUCCAACAUGUCCUGUUACUUUUUAUUUGAUUUCAUAUUUUUAAAAAUCCAAAAUUCAGUUGAUAUUUCUUGAUCUGUUUACAAUCAGUUUCAUUGGUAAAGUUUAUGACUUUUUUUUAGUUUGUUUUCAUUCCGGAGUUUCAAGAUCCUGUCAUUCCAGUCGGCAAUUUGCUCGUCUAUUCUAACGUUUUGCGUUUUUCAUUUGAUUUUUUAAUUCUAUCCCUAAUUCUUUGUUUUUUAAUAGUUGGGUUAAACAUAUAAUGAAAACUGUUAUUGUGAGCAAGAGAAUGUCAGAUAUUUUUACACUGUUUUUUUUUGUUUUUUGUUUUUUGUUUUUUUUCAAAGGAAUCCCUCUUGUUAUCAGAAAAUUAAUUUGUCAUCUAUUUUAAGUAACCACUCUUUUAACGUAAUUUUAAAAUUUCUGUAAAUCAAAGUUUUCUUUCCUUUUUUUAAAAGGAAGAAAAUUCAUAGCAGGUGAACAUUAAUUCUCAGGGGGCUUCAAACAUGAUCAGUCUUCCAACAGAUAAAAAGCAUUUUAAAUUUUUGGUACGAAUCAUUAUUUGAUUCAGAAAAAAUGAAACCCACAAGCUUAUUUUCAUUACAAUUUCUAUUUCUGUUAGAAGAAUGAUCAUGAGUUUGGUCCUUGGUGCUUUGUGACGAAAAAUUCAAGUGUAAAAUUUUCUGCAUACCUUGCUAAGAAACUUUUUUUUAUUUGUGACAUUCCCCACAAAAAAGGGAUCUUUUAGCUGGUCAGGCAAGAUUUCAAGAGUGUAGUGUUUCUAAUUGGGUAAAAAAUGUUGCUCUAGUUUGUCAUGAAGAAAUCUCUCAUGAAACCAAGGGUGAAUUAAUUCAUUUUAUUUCCUCCGCAGAGAGCUAAAGAUCCAUUUUAAUCUGACUACAUUGAAGUGAGAGUGUAUCAUGAUAAUUUAUCGAGCGUUUUUAAACUAUGUAUUUAAACUACAAACCAUUGUAACUUUUGCCAGUUUCACCAUUCUGGGUAUUUUAUGUGCUAAAAUGUUUGAUAUUUAAGUCUCAAUUUCCACUUUUCGGGCAAUUAACCCUUACCCUAUUGAAUAUUUUAAUAUAUUUAUUUUCCAUUUCAUCAGCCCUCAAUCAUCUUCUCUCCAGAUUGUUUGGAGUCUGAAUGUAAUUUAAUAAAACGUCACCAAUCGUAUGAAGUAUGAUCAAAGGGAUGUAAAUUAGUCUUUCUUUACAAAUUAAACCCUACCAAACCACCCUUUUCAAAUUUCUGGUAGUUUUACAUGAGAGGCAACUGUAAGUCUACUGUCUCUUAGAAUGUCAAAACGAUAAUAUUCGUUUUUUUGUCUUGCUUUCAAAUGAAUUAGUUGCUGUCCAAAAAAAAGUCGGAGCCUACAUUACUGUGGUUCUUUCGGUGCUAUACGGAACAGUUAAGAAAUAAACUCGUUUAAGCUCAUCAAAUUAAUGCUCAAGCUUACACCAAAAAAUUCAUGUCAAAAAGUAGUGAAUAAUUUUGCCAUUUAAAAGGGAAUUUGACAACACUGCAUGAGAAGUGACAUAGAAAAUGAAAAAGCCUUCAAAUCAAUUCGCAACCAAGCUGUUUUUGUUCAACCAAUUGUGAAAUUCAAUCAAUCCCAGGUUGAUGAUUAGUUUUUGUGUUGUUGAUUUAAUGAAAUUUGACACAUUAGUAUGUACGUAAUCAGUAAAAGAGUUGAUUUUCAAACUUUUCAUCCUAUGUUAUAUUUUUCCAUACAAUUUUGGAUACAUCACCAAUCAAGCACUUCAAUUCACAACUUGCCUGCGUAUCAUUUGCUGCUCAGCCUAAUUUUAUAAGUUUUAAAACAAAACCUCUUUAUUUCUCUUCUCUUAAUUUUAAUUCCAUCUCUCUCAAAGCAUUUAUGCCAAAGUGUUCGAUUUAUCGUGGAAUCGCUGUUCCAAUCAUGAACUUUAUAUGACUUUUUUCGUCUCUGAUCUUUCGGUAGUGUAUAAUAGCGUGUGUAAAUUACUCAGUAAACGUUGUAAUUAAUUAUUUUAAGAACAAGAAAAAUAAAUCCAUAAUGUACUUGAAAAA